UUUUUAGUUGUUUUUUUUUAUAUAUAUAUUUUAAAAAUAUUUUUGGUGUUAUGUUAUAAAAUUCAUCAUUCACGGCUUUUUCGAAAUCAAAAAUUUAUAAUAUAAUUUGGUAUAUCAAUUAAAAUGUUGAAAUAUUUAACUUUUUGGAAGAAACCCAAACAAAUUACAGCUCCUACCAAUGCUGAAACAAUAUCAAAUGUUUUGCUCAAAACUAAUGAAAUGUUUAAAAUAUUCCUUAACAACUGCAGUUGGUUUGUUUACCUAUUAGCAAGUUUGCUGAUCUUGUGUUGCAUUUAUUAUUACAUCUAUGAUUGCAAAAGACGUUUGGAUUUAAGAAGACGUAGAGAAGAUUUCCAAAGAGGCAAUGAAAGAAUUCCUCAACGUCGCCGUCCCGGUGCUGUACAUCGAGACCAUGAAAUAUUUCGUAAUGCAAUUAAAACAGUUCACCGGUAUAUUGAACCGUAUGAAAAGCAGGGCUCAGCAGGAAGAUCGUAUGUAUUGAAAAGAACUCGCAGUGGUGCUAUUUAUGGCAGUUUUUGUGUAAAUGAGGUCAAUAGUUAAGGUGUAAUCCCAUGAUUAUUUAUUUAGGAUCAUUGAUAAUUUUUUCAUAUAUUUACGAAUCAUUUUAGCUUCAGAUUUUAAAUUAUAUAAUCUAUUUUUAAUAUAUAAAUAGUACAAAAAAACCAAAUUUAACAUACAAAAUCAAUAAAUUGUUAAUGCAAUAAAUAAGCCAUUUAAAUGCAGUUAUUAAAUAACAGAUCUUUUUCUCU